AUGGAUUUUGCAUGGACCAUGCAGUGUUACCCCAGUGAGCUCACCUGCUCCAUCUGCACAGACUAUUUCACAGACCCUGUCACCAUUAGCUGUGGGCAUAGAUUUUGUAGCCCCUGUCUCUGCCUUUUGUGGGAAGAUGCCCAAGCUCCUGCUUGCUGCCCUGCAUGCAAGGUGUUAUCACAGAAAAUGGACUUUAAAAGCACUAUUUUUGUGAAAAAAGAAGAAUCAGUCAUUUUCCCGUUACCAGCCUCUGAAAUUCAAAUCUGUAGGAGACACCAAAACAUUAAGAACCUCUACUGUGAAACUGACAAGAACCUGCUAUGUUUCCUCGGCUCUCAAUCCCCAGAGCAUGCCACUCACAGACACUAUCCAAUAAAUCAGGUUGCUGGAUACUACAGGGAGAACCUCCUGAUGCAAAUGAAGUCUAUUUGGAAAAAGAAACAGAAAAAUCAAAGAAAUCUAAUCAGAGAAACCAACAUAAUCAGAGUAUGGGAGGGUUUUAUAAAUUUGCGGAUGGUGAUGAUCAAGGCUGAAUAUCCUAAGGUGUAUCAGUACCUCCAAGAAGAAAAGCAAAAACAUUUAGAGAGCCUGGCAAAUGAAGGCAAGAUGCUUUUUCAGCAACUCAAAAGAAGUGAAAUCAGAAUGGCUCAGGUGGGGAAUCUCCUGAGAGGGAUGUAUAAGGAGCUGAAGGAAAUGUGCCAAAAUGCAGAUGUGCACCUGCUCCAGGACUUCGGAGACAUAAUGAAAAGGAGUGAAUUGGUACAGCUAUACCUGCCUCAGCCUGUGAACCCACAGCUCAGUGCCUGGGCCAUCACUGGGCUGUCAGAAAGGCUCAGCUUCUUCAGAGUGUAUAUUACCUUGGAUGGCAAGAUACGUAGUCAUCACAAGCUUUUGUUUGAAGACCUGAGGCAUUUGCAAUGUAGCCCUGGCUAUCCAGACAUGCCCUAUAGUCAAGCAAGUGCAGAAUAUGUUCCUUCAUGGGGAGCUCAGACCUUCACCAUGGGCAAACAUUACUGGGAAGUGGAUGUGGGAAACUCUUUUAAUUGGGUUAUAGGACUUUGCAAAGAAUCCUGGACAAACAGGAACGACAUGCGACUUGGCUCAGAGGGCAUCUUUCUUCUCCUGUGUGUCAGAGUAGAUGACCAUUUCAGUCUCUUCUCUACUUCUCCACUCUUACCUCAUUAUAUUCCCAGACCCCAGGGCUGGAUAGGUGUGUUCCUGGAUUACGAAUGUGGUCUAGUGAGCUUUGUUGAUGUUGCCAGAAGUUCCCUCAUUUGUAGUUUCCUUUCAUGCCUCUUCAAUGUCCCACUCAGACCUUUCAUUUGCUAUGGAUCUAAAGGGUCAGAGACAGGCCAGAAGCCUGACCAGGGCCUUGGAAAUACUAAUAACUGA